AUGAAGGGGAAGAAUAGUCAGCGCAUAAUCAGUCCUGUGCAGCUUUGCAUUAGUAUUUCUACUUUCAUCUUACUCAUUCUGAAUCUCGCCACUUUAGUAUAUGUCACGCAGCAUGUGGAAUUUCAGACGCGCCUUAUCCGCAAUUUGAGCAAUGAUGUUAUUUCAAGGCUUUCUCGUAGUUGUAUAGCGUCUUUGUGUGGCGAUAAUGAGACCUGCAUAGCCACGAUGGAUGCCGAGCACUGGCCCCAGCAACGUUGCAACAACAGUAACUUUUCAUUAUCCUGCCUUUAUGAUGCGGGUCAAAAGAUAACAGAUAUGAGUGUAACUCAUGAUAUUGACAAGAAGACCCGGUUGUUAGGGGCUGGAGCAGCUCUGAUAAUAAUCGGAGCCGCCAUCAACUCUUGGAAUACGUUUUUCAAAAACUGUUAUGAUGACGACGGAGGGUUACGCUACGGGGCCAGGCGUUGUGCCCUCUCUGCUACCUCGGCUCUUUUGAUGACAGGCGCCGCAAUUACAACUACUGUGGUUGCAAUAAGUAACGAAGUGCAAAGAGUCAGCAACCGCGACUCCUUAUGA